AUGGUGACAGGUCCGCGUGGUCUCGCCACAAAUUCUGGUCACUGGUAUCGUUGUACCAAUGGGCAUCCGUUUGCUGUUGGUGAAUGCGGAAUGCCAAUGGAGCGCGCUAGCUGCCCUGAGUGCGGCUCGCGUAUCGGUGGUUUGUACCAUCAACCUGAUGAAGGUGUCACUCGAGCAACGGAAAUGGAGUAG